AUGUCUGAGCAAAACACAAUUCCUGAAUACAUCCUGCUGGGCACAAAGAUGUCCUAUCCAUUAAACGGGUAUGGAUCUGGCAAUGGAUCUUUGACACAGCUCUCAGUAACAGGGGAAUUCAAACAGAACUACCUGAAUGACGAACAGGGGAAUAGACCACGGUGGGCAGCUCUGCUGAUCCUAAUGGUGAUCAUCCCCACCAUCGGGGGGAAUAUACUUGUUAUACUAGCUGUGUCCCUGGAGAAAAAGUUGCAAUAUGCCACAAAUUAUUUCCUAAUGUCCUUGGCGGUGGCAGACUUGCUGGUUGGAUUGUUUGUGAUGCCGAUUGCCCUUAUCAUCAUACUGUUUGAUAACGCAUGGCCGCUUCCACCUGACUUGUGCCCUGUCUGGCUAUUUCUUGAUGUCCUCUUUUCCACAGCAUCCAUUAUGCAUCUCUGCGCCAUCUCACUGGACCGUUAUAUUGCCAUAAAAAAGCCAAUCCAGGCCAGUCAAUACAACUCUCGGGCUACAGCUCUCAUCAAAAUAACUGUGGUGUGGCUCAUUUCAAUAGGCAUUGCCAUUCCAAUCCCGAUCAGAGGUAUAGAGGAUGGAGACGGCAGCUCCACAAACAUCACAUGUGCCCUGACACCCGAUCGUUUUCGUGACUUCAUCCUAUACGGGUCGCUAGCUGCAUUCUUUGUUCCGCUUGCAAUUAUGAUAGUCACUUACUUUCUGACCAUACAAGUGCUUCGUAAGAAGGCCUACUUGAUCAACAAGCCACCUCAGCGCCUAACUUGGUCUACUGUGUCUACAGUAUUCCAACGGGAUGUAACGCCCGGCUCAUCACCUGAAAAGGUGGCCAUGUUAGAUGGCUCCAGAAAGGACAAGGUGAUGCCCAGCACAAACGAAGAGAUAUUCAUACGCAGAAUGUCUACUGCUGGAAAGAAGUCUGUGCAGAACAUCAGCAAUGAACAAAGGGCCUCAAAAGUCCUGGGGAUUGUAUUUUUUCUUUUCUUGUUGAUGUGGUGCCCAUUCUUUAUAACAAACAUAACUUCAGUUCUGUGUGACUCCUGUAGCCAGGAAGUUAUUCAAAGGCUCAUGGAGAUAUUUGUUUGGAUAGGAUAUGUAUCCUCAGGGGUGAACCCUCUAGUCUACACGCUCUUCAACAAGACAUUCAGGGAGGCAUUUGGCAGGUACAUCACCUGCAAUUAUCGGACCGCAAAGCCAAUGAAGGCCCUUCGGAAAUGCUCUAGCAGGAUCUCCUUCAGAAAUUCAAUGGCAGAAAACUCCAAACUAUUUAUGAUGCAUGGGAUGCGAAAUGGGAUUAGUCCCGUUAUGUACCAGAGCCCUAUGAGGCUUCAUAGCUCACCAAUCCAGUCAUCGUCAGCCAUUCUGUUGGACACAUUGCUGCUCACAGAGAAUGAAGUUGAUAAAAGAGAAGAACAAGUGAGCUAUGUAUAA